GUGCUAGAGAUGCCGAUGGCAUUGUGAAGUGGUUGAACAAGAAGACUGGCCCACCAGCUAAGACUUUAGAAAGUGUUGAGGAUGCUGAGAAGCUUGCCGAGAAUGAGGUCUGCGUGAUUGGUUUCUUUAAAAGUGCUGACAGCGACAAUGCUAAAAUAUUCUUGGAAGUUGCUUCUGCCAAUGAUGAUAUCUCAUUUGGUAUUACGUCAAGUGAUGAUGUCUUCAAGAAAUACAAAGUUAAGGAUGGCGCUAUUGUCUUACUGAAAAAGUUUGAUGAAGGUCGUAACGACUAUGAUGGCGACUUCACUGUAGAUGCUAUUGCAGCAUUUGUGGCUGCCAACAGUUUACCACUUGUCAUUGAAUACAGUGAACAGACUUCAUCAAUACUAUUCGGUGGUGAUAUCAAAAAACACAACAUGAUAUUUGUGGACAAGGAAGUAGAGAACUUCCAGGCUAUUUCAGAUAAUUUCACAGAAGCCGCCAAAGACUUCAAAGGAAAGGUUCAGUUUGUCUUAAUUGAUGUUAACACUGAUGCUGGUGCAUUUAUAUUGAACUUCUUUGGACUGAAAAAUAUCCCAGCUGUGCUGUUCAUCGAUCUGGAAGCUGAUGCGGCUAAAUUCAAACCUGAAAGUGAUGAAAUCAAAGCUGAAACAAUGAAGAUCUUUGUUAAUGCUGUGCUCGACGGCAAAAUGAAGCCUUACCUAAUGUCAGCGGAUAUCCCCGAAGACUCGAAUGAAGAAGCCGUCAAAGUUCUUGUUGGAAAGAACUUUGAAGAAGUGGCGCUAGACAAAACGAAACAUGUACUUGUUGAAUUUUAUGCUCCUUGGUGCGAACACUGCAAAAAACUAGCCCCAAUUUACGAUGAAUUAGCUGAAAAUUUCAAAGGCAGGGAAGAUAUCGUCAUUGCUAAAAUGGAUGCCACCGCAAAUGAAGUUGAAUUUGUCAAAGUAAUAAGGUUCCCAACCCUUAAACUCUUCCCAAAAGACAGUAGCGAUAUCAUUGAUUACAAUGGGAAUCGUACAAUAGAAGGACUCACUAAAUUCUUGGAAAGUGGUGGAAAAGAAGGCGCUGGCCCAUCUGAUGAAGACGAAGAUCUUGAUGAGGAAGAGGAAGAAGAAAAAGCAGAACAAAAGAAAGAUGAAUUGUAAAAUCAUUUCAGCUUUAGGCAAUCUGCAUCUACCGGUACUGGAAUUUUCCCAGCUUUUAAAGGUGUCUUUUUGUAGAAAAAAGCUUUUGAAUUCUAUUUUAAAAAUAAAUGGGUUCUUAUUGGGUUUGUAAGGAACU